AUGCAGGUGAAGCUAUCCACUGCCCUCGCCAUCCCCUUCCUCCUGGCAGGGACGGGCGCAGCAGCGAAAUGCCUCAGCAACGAUACGACGACACCGGCAGGAACUCUGCCCUCAUCAUCUACUAGCCAGGCCUCCAACAGCAGUUCUGCAGUAGUGGUCGACCUGACCUAUGCACUGCACGCGCCACAAAUCACGUCGUCGCCCGACGACCGGGUCUACUACAACUUUUCCAACAUUCGCUACGCCGCGCCGCCAGUGACGCCCAGUCUGCGGUUCCGAGCGCCCGCGGACCCAGUCUAUAACCGCUCCGCCGGCGUGCAAGACGGCACGUACGGUAAAAUCUGCCCGCAGGCCUACACGCCCUGGCAGAACGCGGCGUUGGUGACGGCGGCGCCGGGCGAGCACGAGAGCGAGGAUUGUCUCUUUCUAGACGUUGUGGUGCCGCAGAGUCUAUGGGACAGUCGGCGAAAUACGUCCAAGCCCGUCAUUGUCUGGAUUCAUGGCGGGGGGUACCAGAUUGGAGCCAAGUACGGCACGCCAGACUCGAAUCCGCUCGGGCUGCUGGAUCGUAGUUUUGUCGACGGAGGCGAUGGUGUCAUUUGGGUUGGGCUUAAUUACAGACUUGGUGCUUUUGGCUGGCUUCAAGGCAGCUCCUUUACGUCACAGGGAGGUUUGGCAAAUGCUGGUCUCUACGAUCAGCGCAAAGCACUCGACUGGGUACAAAAGUACAUUCAUCUCUUUGGCGGCGACCCGAACCGCGUGACGGUCAUGGGCGAAUCGGCAGGAGCUGGCGCUAUCAUGCAUCACAUCACAGCCUACGGCGGCGACGAGGGCGAGGGCGAGGCGCCGCUCCCGUUCCAGCAAGCCAUUGUGCAGUCCCCGGGCUACGUGCCGCGGCCGUACGCGUCGCAGGCCGAGUCGUCGUACGCCGUGCUCCUGGACCGCGCCAACGCCACGUCGCUGGCCGAGCUCGCGGCGCUCGACACCUUGGCCCUGCAGACGGCCAACAAGCUGGCCCAGACGGCCGACUUUUACGGCGCCUUUCAGUUUGGCGUCGCGCCCGACGGCGGCUACGUCCCCGACCUGCCCGAGAAGCUCCUGGCCCGCGGCGCAUAUCACCGGGACAUCAAGGUCAUGGUGGCGCACAAUACGUACGAGGGCCAGCGCUACACGGACCCGGCGGCGACCAACUCGUCGGCCUUUGACGAGUACAUGGCGCUGUAUUUCCCCGACGCCUCGGCCGAGUUCUUGGCCGAGCUCUCCUCGGACGUCUACCCGGCUGUCUACAACGACAGCAGCAGCAGCGAUAGCAAUAGCAGCACUCAGGCUGACUGGACGACGCCGUUUGAGCGUCUGCGGACCGCCGUGUCCGAGUUUACCUUUACCUGCCACGCCUACUUUCUAGGCGACGCGCUGGGCCCCGCGGCCGGGCGCGACAGCUACAGCUACCUGUUCAGCGUGCCGCCGGGGACGCACACCCUGGACGUGUACUACUCGUACUUUGUCAACAGCAGCAGCUCCGUGACCAACGAGACCGUGGCCUUGUACAUGCAAGAGUACUUUGCCAGCUUUGUCGAGACGGGGGAUCCGAAUCGUGGCUCGCUGCUGCCGAUUUUCCCCGCGUAUGGAGCCAACUUUACCGACUUGAACCUGAACCAGACUUUUGUCAAUGUAAUACAGGAUCCCGCUGCCAAUGCGCGAUGUGAUUGGUGGCGGGCCACGUCUUACUCGUAA